CGUCUUUGUGUUGUGGAGAUCUACAGCACCACGCGCUCUCGAGCAUCUUUUCCUUUCCUUUAAACGCACUCCAUUCGUCUCUCGAUCCAAUUAAUUACAGCUACGUCCCCAUCUCCAUCACAAUAUUCUGAACUCAAUCCCUCCCAUGGCUCCCCUCAUCAUCUACACUCUCCUCUUCCUCUUCACUCUCCUCUCCUCCUCCCUCCUCAUCAAAUCCAAGAAACCCUCUCCUCCUCCGGCAACGACGAGGCCCCCUCCGAUGAUGAUUGAGAUCGAAAACGGGAGGAAGAGCGAUCUCGAAACGGUGUUCUCAUCCUUCGACAGCAACGGCGACGGCCUCAUCACCUUCCAGGAGCUCCUUGACUCCCUCACAAGGCUUCGGCUGUCCGUCACGCCUGAUGACGUUAGGAGCAUGAUGGAGAAGGUGGACCUGAACGAGGACGGGCUGAUCGACGUCGAGGAGUUCAGAGUGGUGUACGAUUCGCUGCUGCUGAUGGACGGUGAGGGUUCGCUGAUGAGGGAUCACCAUCGACUAAUCAGCUACCCACCAGCAAUUGGCAUAUGGAUGACUUUGGACAUGUAUUCCGAUCCUCACCUGAAAAAGGUGACAUCUUAG